AUGGCUAAGAAGGCUCACAUGUCGAAGAGAAUGGCUGCUACAGUAAUUUUAAAGAAUAGACAUUAUCUGCAGGGUUUGAACCUAACCAAUCUUAUUAAAAAUAUACGUGAUGAAAAACUGCUACCAGUGGAAGAGUUGGCAAGCUUUAAGAGGAAUGGUCUCUAUAUCAAUUCUUUAACAUCAUCAAGUGAAAAUAUAGUCCAUCUAUUAGCUCAGUUUUAUAUGGAUUAUUUAUAUAUAGAUUUUAGUUUUUUGUUUGAUUAUGAAUUAGAUCUUAUAAAUAAUGAUGACGUCAAUGUGCAAGAUAAGGGAGGGAAAACAGUUUUAAUUUUGGCUUGUAUGACAAAUGAUAGAAAAUUGUUAGAAAAACUAUUAAUACAUGAAGCCGAUCUGAAUAUUGUGGACAACCAUGGUCGAUCUGCUCUACAAUACAUAGAUUUAACUAACAAUGUUUAUGAUUUAACAUGUUUUAAUUUACUUCUAUCUCAUGGUUGUAGACAAUCUUUUAAUCAGCCAUGCCUUGAUGGUAACACUAUUGUUCAAAAUGUACUCCGAUUCCAAUCAUUAUGGCAAAUUGAUCAAACAGUCGAUUUUAUCAAAUUUCUUGUUAAUAAAUAUGUCAACCUGCAACUUUUAACCUCAGAUGAUGGAGAUAUCUCCUAUGGUCAGUUAUCUCUGGAGGAAUUUUCUUCACAAUCUAGGAAUGUAUUAAGGCAAAUCUUGUAUUUAAGUGGUGGCUCAAUUGAACAAAUUACACAAGUAUUACAUUUUGAAGUUGAGGAAUCUAAAGCAUCAUUGUCAGAAACUUUAAGAGAAAAACCGAGCGAAAAAUUAAUUCAUUGCACCAACAACUUAAGCCUUAAAGAAAUAUGUAGAAGAUUUAUCAGACAAAAUACAGGUCUAACAAUUCAUGAGAGAAUUUCAGAACUUAAUUCUAUGGUUGGAAAACCAUUAACUAGAUUUAUUCUAUUUAAAGAUAAAGAUUCUAAACGAUUUUCACUGCCUGAUCAGUUCGAGUCUUUUAAUGAUGAUUAUGAUUCCUAUGAUUUAAAUAAGGAGAAUGAUGAUUAUGAGAAUGAUUAUUUGGUGUAUAAAAAUUGUAAAUAUCUAAAUGUGGUCUAA